UGACUGCCUUCGAAGAAAUGGGUGUUAUGCCAGAAAUUGGCAAAGCUGUAGAAGAAAUGGAUUGGAGUCUUCCUACAGAUGUUCAAAAUGAAGCUAUACCAAUGGUAUUAGGUGGUGGAGAUGUAUUAAUGGCUGCAGAAACUGGCAGUGGUAAAACAGGAGCAUUUUGUUUACCAAUCUUACAAAUAGUCCAUGAAACAUUAAGAGAUUUAAGAGAAGGGAAAGGUGCUCAGACUAGUACUUCCAGACCAAAAUCUUCUACAGGUAAAAGUCAUAAAUGGAAGAUGAAUUCAUUUGAUAGAGGAAGUGCAAUGGCCAUUGAUCCUGAGGGUACAUUAUGUCAAGCUAGAGAUGCUGGUGGUUGGCAUGGUACAAGAUCUAACAAGGCUGUUGUUGGUGGAGGUAAAUAUUACUAUGAGGGUACUGUAACUGAUGAAGGAUUAUGUAGAGUAGGUUGGUCCACUGAUAAAGCUACAUUAGAUCUAGGAACUGAUAAAUUUGGUUAUGGAUUUGGUGGAACAGGAAAGAAGUCAUGGGGAAAGCAGUUUGAUUCGUAUGGAGAGGCUUAUGGAAUGAAUGAUACUAUUGGAUGUUAUUUAGAUUUAGAGAAAGGAGAAAUUAGAUGGUCUAAAAAUGGCAUUGAUUUGGGGAAAGCUUAUGACCUACCUAAGCAUACAUUGAAUGAGAAAUUUUUUGCUGCAGUAGUAUUGAAGAAUGCAGAAAUGGAGUUUAACUUUGGUGACCAGCCAUUCAAAUUUCCUCCAAAGGCUGGAUAUAUUGGAUUGAGUCAAGCUAGUAAGGAUCAUAUUAUAGAGUCCAAUAUUGUGGGUAAGUGUUUUUCUAAAGGUGCAGUGAAUGCUAAACCAGCACCUAACGCUCCACAAGCAAUCAUUAUUGAACCUUCAAGAGAAUUGGCUGAACAGACCCUGUCUCAGAUACAAAAGUUUAAGAAACAUGUCAGCAAUCCCCAAGUCAAUGAAUUGUUAAUUAUUGGAGGUGUCAGUGCUAAGGAACAAGUUGAUGCAUUAGAACGAGGGGUAGAUAUAGUUGUUGGUACACCUGGUAGAAUGGAAGAUUUAAUAUCAACUGGUAAACUAGCAUUACAUCAAGUUAGAUUCUUUGUCCUUGACGAAUGUGAUGGUCUGCUAUCACAGGGUUAUGGUCAACUGAUAACCCGACUCCAUGAUCAAAUACCUAAAGUCACUAGUGAUGGUAAACGCUUACAGAUGAUAGUCUGCUCUGCUACACUUCACUCCUUUGAUGUGAAGAAAAUGGCUGAAAAAUUGAUGUAUUUUCCAACAUGGAUAGAUUUAAAAGGUGCAGAUGCUGUACCAGAAACUGUUCAUCAUGCUAUAUGUAUGGUGGAUCCAAGAGAAGAUCGUCAAUGGUCAUCAAUACGUAAUCAUAUAAAAACGGAUGGUGUUCAUGCUAAAAACAGAUUGAAUUAUAAUUCUCCAGAUGAAGGUAAUUUUUAUUAUACGCCGUCACCUCAUUCUGUUGGUUCGUCUGUCCGUCCGUCUGUCCACAAUUGCUUGUAA